GUCAGCUUCGUCGAAAAAGUCAUUAAAAAUAGAUUACGCAGUGUUUACAAUACCACAAAGAAAGCGUCUGGAAAAGCGGGACAAUUAACAUACUCGGUGUACCGCGUCGCUGGUCUGAAGGUUGAACUUAUUAACUGUCGACUGUUCCUCAAUUGCCCUCAAACCAUGAUAUGACAACUUGUAUCAUGAUAAUGUGAAACCGCUGAUUUUGUUUGAUGUCUGCCAGUUAAAAAACACAUAGAUAAGGAAAGGAGAACUUAGAUUCCGCUGCAAUUUGGAGCUGCUGAUGUUGACUUACGUGCGCGCAUCAGGGAAACGUGAUUUCAUCCACACCAGAUAUAUGGUAUUGGUACUAAAACAAAUCACUGACUGGUAAAUUUGAGAGGACUUAAUACUCCCAUAAAAACAAUAACCUGUUACAAGAGGGUAACCGUAUGGCUUCAGGAAGUGAGCCUUCUUGUAAGGACCAUCCUACAGAGCUUGCCAAGUUCUUGUGUCAAACCUGUAAUGAUGUAGUCUGUAGAAACUGUGUUGUUAGGGAAGGUCACAGAAACCAUAAGUACAUGUCCAUUCAAAAUGCAAGUGCUAAGGAAAGGGAAGCAAUCCAACAAGGCCUUGAAGACGCAAAGCAGAAAUUAUCUGGUCUUCAAAGAUCAAUUCUCUUGGUGUCAGAAGUGAAGAAGCAAGUAGAGGUGAGGGCUUUGGAGUCAGGAAGGGAGGUUGAUCAUCUUAUUGAUGAAAAUAUAGCAGCCUUGGAACGUAAACGAGCACAGUUGAAAAGAGAUAUUGCUGUGUUGCGUGACGAGAAAGUCCAACAGCUUCUAAAUCAAGAGAAGACAAUGAAUCUUGCUUUUGAGGAAAUCCAUAAUAAGGUAGAAUGCACUAAACAUGCACUGUGUCAAAUGUCUGACUUGGAGUUGCUAACCAGCAGGAGCAAAUUGUCUGGUCUACCUGAUUUCAAAGAGGUUGCUUUGCAAGGGGAGCCAUGUCGCACCAGUAAUUUUGGCAUAGACGUGAAUAAAUCCUUGGUGGUUGACCUCAUCGUUGACAAGAUGGCUUGUGUUAGGGAUGAAGAUAGUCAACAGCAUGAUCAGUAUGUUCUCAGCAUGCUGGGAGGAAAGAAUGGACAGAUGUUUUCUUCCAGAUGUCAUCAGAAUGCCUACUUCAUUGUUUCUGUCAAGGACAGCCAAGGAAGGAACUGCAAAGUUGGAGUAAACCAGGUUAAGGUGAACAUAAAACCACCAGGAGAUGGUGAGUUACAGAGUGCCAUCAUGGGGAGCAAAGCUGAACACCAUACCUUCUCUUACCACCCUAGUGUGAUGGGAACCCACACUAUACACGUGUAUGUGGCCGGGCAUUGCAUCACCAAUGAACCAGUCAAGUGGAAGGUGGAAUCUUCAUUCUACAUUCUCGAUUCAACAUGUGCUACUCUCCCGCCAGAAGUAUAUGACCAGGACAAGGAGUCCUUGACAGGGUAUUGGUUCAAACGAGGUUGCCAUUCCUGGCAAGUGCGAAUUCUUACACCUGACAAGCUCAAAAGAUCUUCUGACCACCAUGUCUUUGAAGUGGGUGUCACCGAUGGUCAUCGUACUUGGCGCUGGAGUAAUGGUAUGAAGUACUACCCAAAUUCCUCAGCAAUUGUCAGCACAAUCAGCAACUGGCAGUGCGGGGAUUUGUUCUUGUUUUACCUUGAUUUGGAUUCGAAGCAACUUGUGAUCUACAAUCAGCGUUCACAUGAGAUGGAUCACUGGGGUGGAAUUCAUUCUCCUAUACGCCCCUACAUCAACCCACAGUCAACUGACUUCUUUGGAUUAAACUGAAUCAAUAAUAAUACAGGAGCAUGCAUUCACGCAUUCAUGUCCCCAGACAUUAACUCAUCUCCCAAAAGAAACCUCAUGCAUUUUAGACAUUAAAAAAGUUGGCAGGAACAUGAUAAUAAGAAUGAUAAUGAAUUAUGGUAUUUGUUUACUGUUAGUAUAAAUUUUAAUUAAUAUCAGAAUUAUAACUAUGUGUUGAGUCAUGUAGUAGCUAUAAAUAUAUAUUGUAUUCAUGUUAGUGUGACACACUCUUACAUAUGCAAGAGUAGACCACUCACCCCAGAUGACACAACUUUUCCAUUUCUGUUUCCUGAUUCCCAUCCCGCACUUGGAUGGGAAGCUAGUCCAUAACAGUUCAUGUACCCCAGUGUUUCAUGUCAUGAGUUGGUUCUGACAAUUUGUUGGUUCUGCUUUUUAAUUUCAGAUGGAAAGAGUCACUGUCAGAAUAAGGUGUCUGGCUCAAGAAAACAAUGACUCUGAUCAGGGGCCAACUUUUCAAAAGCAUUCCUUACAAGUCCUUAAAAGUUGUAUCUUGGUUGCCAAUAUGGCAUUCUUGAUAGUUUUAAAAUUCAAACCUUGAAAAUAUCAGGAAAAGUUACAGAAUACACUGAUUUUUGUGAUAAGAACCGCAUUACUAUUUCUUAGAUUUUGUGUGGCUUUUUUCCUGUAAAUUUACUGCAAGACUCAGUUGUAAACCCUUUCAUCUUGUGUACAAGGUGCUAAUCAUUGGCCUGGCCUGUUUUUCUCAAAUCAUUAUAAUAUCAGUAAUGUAAUAAAUUUCUGUCAGCAACAUCAAUGGCAUGUAGUGUCAAAUAAGCCUUGAAUGAUUCUUAUUUAUCUUUAGUUAGUGCAGUAAUGAAUAGAGUGCCUACAUGUCAAACAUGAAGCAGUACACCAUUUUAAGAUCUAUUUUGUGUUCACCAGUUAGCAAGAAACUUCCAUUAGGCUGCCUUUUUGAGAUAUUUACAUAGUUAGGAGUUAAUUUUUUAAGCUCAAUAUUUUUUAAGUCCUCUUAACUUAAUGUUUAAAUCUCACUUAGGGAAAUCUUGUGUGGAAACCACACUUAAUGGCUAUUAAAGGACUGUAAGUAUUCAUUUCUAUAUUAUAUCCAAGUUUCAUGAGUGAAUUCAUGUAAAAAAGAAAGCUGUAAGAGUCUGCAGGUAUCUUAAAGAGUGUCCAUUUGAUGCAAAAAGUAAGGCAAGUGUGAAAGGGUGAUGGUAAGGUGUUACAGAAUAUAGCCAUUAAAAAGAGAUG